AUGACACAUAAUAUGAUGAUUACUUGUAGACUCAAUAGAGCAAAUGAUAACUCUAUUUACGAUAUAUCUCAUAAAAGGAUUUAUAAGCCAAUAGAAUUAGAAUUAUAGAAAGAUGGUGGAUUUAAAGUUAUUAAAAAUUUAUUUUAACAUUAAGAUAAUGUAGAGGAAGAUUUUGAUCUUAGAUAAGAAUUUAAAUUAGAUGAAAAAAAUAUAUUUAAUGGAGGAAUCCUUACUGAAAAUUAAGAAUUCAGAUUUAAUUAAUCACGAAGAUUGAAUGAAUCUAAGAGAUUAAAUUAAACAUAAAAUAAUUUUAAAAAUUAAUCAUAACCAUUAUAGAUAUAAUAACAUAAUCACUUAGGUUUAUUAAAUGCUUUAUUGUUUAAUUGUAAAACACCUAAUAAUGAGCAAGAAAAAUAUAUAUAUGAUAAUAAUAGAAUAAAAGUAAUGAUAUGCAUAACUAUGUAUUCUGAGAAAUUAUCAGAACUAAUGAAAUCAUUAAAUGGGAUAGGAAAGAAUCUUGACUAUUUUUGUGAUAUGUAUAAAUAAUCUAUAAAAUUAGUGGAAUAGCACCACAUUAAAUAGGAGUGACUGUAAUUUUUGAUGGUAUAGUAAAUGUUUGUAAUAUACCUGGAGCUUAUCGUGAUAAUAUUAUUCGUAAUUAUUGAAUUUGUAAAUUUAGCUUAUUUCUAAAGUGAAAUAGAUAAAAAAUAUGGAAUUGAUCAUCAUAAGACAUUGACUUAUUAAUAUAAUAUGUAUUCUGAAUAAUGGAAAAGAUUUUAGGAUUAUAAACCUGAAAAUAUCAAAUAUUUAAGAGCUCAUCCUGAAGAGUUAUUAAAAAAAUAUAAAAAACACAGAGAAGCUUUAAAAAAAACAAUGAUAAGAUUAAAAGGAGCUUAAUAUUGUUUUGUGGAAUAAGAUGAAUAUAUAGAAUAGAAUAUAGUAGAUGCAAUGGAGAAUCAAUAUUAAAGGGCAAAGAAAUAUAUUGAGAAUAGAAAGAAUUCUGCUUGGAUAUAUUAAGAUGCUAUAUAACAUAAAGAAUCUGAGGGAACAAUGCCAAUAUUUUAUACAUUUAAAUUUACAAAUGGAUCAAAAUUGUCAUCUCAUAUGUGGUUUUUUAAAGGUUUCUGUGAAGUAUUUAAACCAUAAUAUUGCGUAUUAAUGGAUGUAGGUGCUUAUCCAGAAAAAGAUGCAAUAUUUUAAUUAAUAAUGGCUAUGGAAUAAAAUCCAAAGUUGGGAGGAGUUUGUGGAACUAUGAGAGUUUAAAUUGAAGAAGAUGAUAAAGAUGAUGUAGAUUUAGAUAUAGUAACAAACAUUCUAGUCAAUAAAGUAUUUUCAAUAUAGAAAUGCUAAUCUUGUGAAUAUGAUAUUGCACAUUUACUUGAUAAAUAAGCAGAAUCAGCACUUGAUUUUAUUCAUGUUUUACCUGGGGCAUUUUCUGCAUAUAGAUAUAAAGCAUUUUUUGAUAAUUAUAUGAAUCAUGGUAAUUAAAAUUUACCUGUGUAAAUACCAUAAAAUGAUAGAUAAGAUAAUAAUAGAUAAGAUAAAAUAUUAGACAAAUAUUUGAAACAAGUCUUAGAUUAAAAUUAUGAACAUUAAACUUUAUAAGAAGCUAAUAUGUUUUUAGCUGAAGAUAGAGUACUUUGUAAAUUACUUUUUUGUAAUGGAUAUUAUCUUAGAUAUAUCCCAAAUUCUUUUGUUUAUGUAGACCCUUGUACUUCACUUAAAUCAUUGAUUUUACAAAGAAGAAGGUGGAUAAAUGGAUCAUGGCAUGCUUUGUCUUAUAUCUCUGAUAAUUAUGAUGAAGAUUUAAAAAAUAGCUAACAUUCUUGGUGGGAUAAAUAAAAAUUUAUACUUUCUAUUACCUAAGCUAAAAUUUAAUAACUUAUGAUUUAUUUUAUGGAAGCCUUUUAAGUUCUUUGGUUAUAUAUGAUUAUGUAUGCUAUAGUAGAUACAGGAGAUCUUGGUUUAAAUAAUUUUAUAAUUUCAACAGUCAUUGCUUUUUAUGUAUUUCUAGUAUUUAUGAUUAUUUAUUUGUCUAUUAAUUACGAUCCUGCUUUAAUUAGAUAAUUAGAAUCAUAAGAAAGAUAAAAAGUGGAAGCAGAUUAUUAUUUUUCUAGACUAUUUUUUGUAUCGACAUGUUUAGGAUUUAUCAGUCUUGGCACUGUUGUGUACACAGUCUAUUUAUUAAUAACAGAAAUAUUCUUCAAUUAUGGAUUCAAUGAUAUAGUUGAAAAACCUUAAAUUCCUUAAAGUUAUUAUUUAGUUCUUGUUGUUGUAUCAAUAGGAGCUAUAGUUUUACCAAUCUUAUCAUCAAUUUGUCAAUUGCCAUAAAAUAUAUUCAAUGCUGCUUUAACAAUGAUUCCAUACUUUUAUUAUCAACCAACUUAUAUGCAUUUAUUUGUCAUAUAUUCAUUUUGUAGAAUUGAUGAUCUAUCUUGGGGUACUAAAGGAUUAACAAAUACAGGUUCAAGUUCAGUCAAUUCAGAUAAAGCAUUUUAAAAAUUUAAGUUUUUAUUAACAUGGCUUGUAUUGAAUACUAUCUUUACUGCUGUUUUGUUGGUAUUAUUUUAGAUUUAAGUAUACUUGCUUCCAUAAGGACUAAUUUUAUUUAUUUCAGUUAUUUUAACAAUUCUUACAAUCAUCAAAGGAUUUUUGGCAUUAUGGUAUAGGAUUAAAUUUUGUUUUAUUGAUGGUUCAAUUAAAUCUGAUAUUUAAAGUAAAAAAGGGCAUAAAAAUCAACAAAAUGGAUUUCUUGAAGCCAAAAAUUCAAUAAAAUAAAAUAUCAAAGAUAACAAAAAUAUAAUUCAAAUAAUUAAAGAUCAGAAAAACCAAGAAGCUCUUUAAAAUAGUUAUAUAAGAGCAUCAAUAUUUACGGCCUAUUUAGAACAUUAUUAUAAACAAUCAUUAUAAUUCUGA